AUGCCUCCAAAGAAGAAGGUCCCACAACCAUCAGACAAAAAUAAGGCAAAGGCCAAGACCAAGAAUGCUGAAGACAAAACGUUUGGAUUGAAAAACAAGAACAAGUCCAAGAGAGUUCAACUGCAAAUCAAUCAAAUAGUAGCAGGCUCAGAUGGUGGAGCCCAAAAGAGGAAAGAAGCCGAAGCUAAGAGGAAGGCCGAAGAGAAGAAGGCAGCUGAGUUGGCCAAGAAGGAAGCUGCACAAUCCAUGGGUAUUCAGCAGCCCAAGGUUCCAUUUGGAGUCGACCCCAAGUCUAUAUUGUGUGAGUUCUUCAAGAAUGGGGUGUGUAACAAGGGAACGAAGUGUAAGUUUUCGCAUGAUUUGGAUGUUGGACGUAAGGUUGUGAAGAAGGACUUGUACACCGAUGCCAGGGCUGAGAAGGAAGAGGACACCAUGGAUAACUGGGAUGAAGAGAAGUUGAGAAAGGUUAUUCUGUCCAAGCAUGGUAAUCCAAAGACUACCACUGAUAUUGUCUGUAAAUAUUUCAUCGAAGCCGUCGAAAAUGGUAAGUAUGGUUGGUUUUGGGUCUGUCCUAACGGAGGUAACGAAUGUAAGUAUAGACAUUCCUUGCCUCCAGGUUUCGUUCUUAAGACCAAGGAAGAGAAGAGGUUAGAAAGAUUGGCUCAAGAAAACGAACCAAAGAUCACUUUGGAAGAGUUUAUUGAAAUGGAAAGAGGAAGAUUGGACAGAACUAAAUUCACACCAAUUACUUGGGCCACAUUCACCGAAUGGAAGAAGAAAAUCAAGGCCAAGAGAGAUGACGAUAGAAAGAAGGAAGAUGAGAAGAACAAAAGAUCGUUAACCGGUAGAGAAAUAAUCCAGAAGAAGUUUGCAGACAAGUACUAUACCGAAGAGGGAGAUGCUGAUUCCGGCGAAGCAUGGGAUUUAUCUGUGUUCAGAAAAGAUUUACCUGAAGAAGAGGAUUCGAAUAUCAAAGAUUAUGGUGAUGGUGCUGAUCCAUUCAGCAGAAUGGAAGAAGAACAGCAAGAACAGCAGGAACAAGAGCAAGAAGAAGGAAAGCCAGAAGCUGUUGAAGAAACCUCUGAAGAACAAUCUGAAACGACGAGUGGAGAUGAACCUGUGGAAACUCCUUCAUCAUUUGAACCAGUGGAUGUUUCCACGGCAUAA